AGCCGGUUGCUGAAUUAGCUUCUGCUGGAAUGUGUUCAUGUGUAACAUCCCACUGACUGGAUGACAUCACAACAGCUUCAGGUCCUUGAAAGUCUUGAGGAUGAUUAGCUGAAGGAAUUGGCUAUUUCUACCAAUCAUAACCCGGCAGAGCUGCCUUCAUAGUUCUGGAGAUAUGAGAGAAAGAGGGAGGGAGGGAAAGACCGACUCCAGCUAAGCAAGAGGCUCAGCAGCAGUCGCAGCAGCAGACAGGAGCAGCUGGUAUUCCGGUGAUUAAAUAGUUCUCAUAGCCUUUUUGCUGUACCCAGUCUGCUCCCUGGUGUAAUGCUCGUGUCCGAGAAGGAAGCUGCAUUUUAACGGUGUGCUGAACAGAGGUCUGAAUCAUUCCAGCUGGCUGCUUGUUUUGAAAAGGACAAUGUGUGUAUAAAUAAAAGGACUGCUGGAAGAGUUCAGACACCAGCCCCGGAGCUGAAGAGUGCUCCCGGAAUCCUGUUGAGGCAGAUGGCACAAACUGAAAGCUCCGCUAAUUAACCUGGAGCCAAGUCAACCUGAAUUCUGGAUAUCUCAUUUCCUAACUCCGGAUAAAUUCAAGUUAGCAAAAGAAAAAAAAUAUAUUGAGAUGCUUCUCUAGAGAAUGCUUAAAGGGAUCUGCAGCAAUUCUUGGUAUUGCACAGAGCAUCUCAGCUGUUGCCUUUCUGGUCCACUGCCUACCAGAUCUGACUCAUUUGUGACCACUUCGAGAAUCUCCCAUGAUUUGCAAUGGUUACAUGAAUGUUUGGGAAGGAAAAUUUGCAACAUCUUACUAUAUGUUCUCUAUGGCACAUUAGGGAAAGAAGCCGGAAACGGCUCUCAAAGCACUGGUUUUUAAAAUGAAUCUUAUUGUGAGGUUUCGAAGAAGCUUUCGAACACUUAUUGUUCUCUUAGCUACCUUUUGCUUGGUGAGCAUCGUCGUUUCUGCCUAUUUCCUGUACUCUGGCUACAAACAGGAAAUGACACUUAUUGAAACUACUGCCGAAGCAGAGUGUGCUGACGUCAAAAUCCUCCCUUAUCGGUCCAUAGAGCUGAAAACCGUCAAGCCUAUUGACACAUCCAAAACUGACCCCACUGUCCUCCUCUUUGUAGAGAGCCAGUAUUCUCAACUCGGUCAAGACAUAAUAGCAAUUCUGGAGUCCAGCCGCUUUCAGUACCAGAUGGUCAUUGCUCCAGGCAAGGGAGACAUACCACCUCUUACCGAUAGUGGCAAAGGGAAAUACACAUUGAUUAUUUAUGAAAAUAUUCUGAAAUAUGUCAGCAUGGACUCAUGGAACCGGGAGCUUUUAGAAAAAUACUGUAUAGAAUACAGUGUUAGCAUAAUUGGUUUUCAUAAAGCCAACGAGAACAGCUUACCAACUACACAAUUGAAAGGUUUUCCUUUGAACUUAUUCAAUAAUCUAGCUCUAAAGGACUGCUCUGUGAACCCCCAGUCUCCUCUGCUGCAUAUUACCAAGGGCCCUAAGGUGGAAAAGGGACCUCUUCCUGGGGAAGACUGGACGAUUUUCCAAUAUAACCAUUCUACCUAUCAGCCAGUGCUUUUAACUGAGUUACAGACAGAGAAGCCCCUCUCUUUCUUGUCCAGCAAAACACUCCAUGCGACAAUAAUUCAGGAUCUGGGGCUUCAUGACGGGAUCCAGCGUGUUCUUUUUGGCAACAACUUAAACUUUUGGCUGCACAAGCUUAUCUUCAUAGACGCCAUCUCCUUCUUGUCAGGAAAGAGGCUGACAUUGUCCUUGGACAGAUACAUCCUUGUGGACAUUGAUGACAUAUUUGUGGGGAAGGAGGGAACAAGGAUGAACGUCAAAGAUGUAAAGGCAUUACUAGAGACUCAAAAUUUACUGCGCACUCAGGUUGCAAAUUUUACCUUCAACCUUGGAUUUUCAGGGAAGUUUUACCACACAGGAACUGAAGAGGAAGAUGAAGGGGAUGACCUUCUGCUGCGGUCUGUGGAUGAGUUCUGGUGGUUCCCUCACAUGUGGAGCCACAUGCAGCCCCACCUCUUCCGCAAUGAGUCAUCGUUAGUGGAGCAGAUGAUUCUCAACAAAGAAUUUGCCCUGGAACAUGGAAUACCGACCAACCUGGGCUAUGCAGUGGCCCCACAUCACUCAGGGGUCUACCCGGUCCAUAUUCAGCUGUAUGCAGCUUGGAAGAAGGUCUGGGGUAUUCAGGUCACCAGCACUGAAGAGUAUCCACAUCUGAAACCUGCAAGAUACAGGAAGGGCUUCAUUCACAAUAGCAUCAUGGUCCUCCCUCGACAGACCUGUGGGCUGUUCACACAUACUAUUUUCUACAAGGAGUAUCCAGGAGGACCCCAAGAAUUGGAUAAAAGUAUCAAAGGAGGUGAACUUUUCCUCACAAUCCUUCUAAACCCAAUCAGCAUUUUCAUGACUCAUCUAUCUAACUAUGGGAAUGACCGCCUAGGCUUGUACACCUUCGUGAACUUGGCCAACUUUGUGCACAGCUGGACCAAUUUGAAACUGCAGACUCUGCCUCCAGUACAACUAGCCCACAAGUACUUUGAGCUCUUCCCUGAGCAGAAAGACCCUCUCUGGCAGAAUCCAUGUGAUGAUAAACGACACAAAGACAUCUGGUCCAGGGAGAAAACUUGUGAUCAUUUACCAAAAUUCCUUGUCAUUGGGCCUCAGAAAACAGGAACAACUGCACUUUAUUUAUUUCUUCUUAUGCACCCUUCCAUCAUCAGCAAUCUCCCUAGCCCAAAAACCUUUGAAGAAGUUCAGUUUUUUAAUGGAAACAACUAUCACAAGGGAAUUGAGUGGUAUAUGGACUUUUUUCCUACUCCUUCCAACAUUACCAGUGAUUUCCUUUUUGAAAAGAGUGCUAACUAUUUCCACUCAGAAGAAGCUCCCAAGAGAGCUGCAUCUCUUGUUCCCAAAGCCAAGAUCAUUACUAUCCUUAUCGACCCCUCGGACAGGGCAUAUUCUUGGUACCAGCACCAACGAUCCCACGAAGAUCCAGCUGCCCUGAGGUUCAAUUUCUAUGAAGUCAUCACAACAGGACAUUGGGCCCCACCUGAUUUGAAAACAUUGCAGAGGAGAUGUCUGAUACCUGGGUGGUAUGCAGUACACAUAGAAAGAUGGCUGGCCUACUUUGCUACUUCUCAGUUGCUAAUUAUUGAUGGACAGCAGCUGAGAUCUGACCCAGCCACUGUGAUGGAUGAAGUCCAGAAGUUUCUAGGAGUUACACCUCAUUAUAAUUACUCUGAUGCACUAACGUUUGACCCCCAAAAGGGCUUCUGGUGUCAACUACUGGAAGGAGGAAAGACCAAAUGCCUUGGGAAGAGCAAAGGCCGAAAAUACCCACCCAUGGAUCCAGAGUCCAGAACCUUCCUCUCCAAUUACUACCGGGACCACAACGUGGAGCUCUCGAAGCUGCUGCACAGGCUGGGCCAGCCUCUGCCCUCGUGGCUGAGACAAGAGCUGCAGAAAGUGAGAUAGCACCUGCAAGGAGAGCAUGGCAUUGAGUCAUCAUUAAGUAGAAAAGGCAAACCGCACAACUUUAUCCUUUUCAUACACUUGUGAUUGUCAAGAGAGGACUGUGAAUAAAUCCCCUUCAAUGUUUUUCAUAAAACAAAAACAUAUGCACGCCUUGGCAAUUAUUAGCAUUAAUCCUUAUUUAAGGCUUUUGGAAAGAAAAUAUGGGGUUGUGGCACUAACCAGUUUCUAGUCUGGAGAUUAUCAUGCAGCUCACUUCUCUGUUAAACAGCUUUCAGGGCAUCACAUGACUAAUGUUCUGACUAUAUGCAAAUUACCAAUUAAAAUUUGAGGAAAAGAUAAGGACUAUAGUGUGUAUAAAUGAAGUCAGGUCUAGCCGACUGUCUGAAUUAAGGGCUAAUGUUUAUAAGUAUCCUUUACCUGGUUCUGUUGGUCCAUCUUCCUCUUGUAAGGCAGUGAGGGACCAUGUUCACUGAGAGUUACAAGUCAUCACAAGGGCAUGCCAUCCUCAGGAAACUCCAACAUGGUCUCUAGAGAGCUCCAGUAAGACAGAAUGGUGUGAAUCUGAAUUGCAGUACCCUAGUAGGUGAGGACCAUCUUUAAUGGACCCAUGAUCUUACUACAUUAACAAGGUUCCUACCUUGGCAGUGUUGUAGCAUUUAUAUAUAUAUUUUGUUCACUACUUUAAAUAGGAAGAAAAAAAGCUUUAUUCACUAGAAAUGUAAACACCAAGUAGUACUUGCAGGUCCAAAUAGGUACUGUUCCUUCUAUGUAAGAAAUACGUCCAUCUCUUUAAAAGCAUGAUGUUUCAUAUAUGCCAUUAUAUCUACUAUACUAAAGUUUUACUGUCUACUUUAAAAUAUAUCUAAAACUUAAAUUAUAUCACAAAGUUACCUAUUUGAACAUCACUAAUUCCCUAACUUGAACCCAAUUUCAUAGACAUAAAGCUCACAAGUUAAUUUCAAGACAAGAAGUUUUGUGUUGAGUUACAGGUUCCUAUAAUAUUUGAAGACUAUAUAAAAUCAUGUUAACUGGAAUUUUAUCCUGUUUGUCUAUGAUAAUCUAUGAAAGCUUUGUUUAUCUUUUUUGUGAUAUAUGAAGGUAAAUUUUCACCAGAACAGUCAACCAAAGUGACUUUGGGAACAUUACCAACAAAUCUCCGUCCUCCAGAGCAAUUUUUUUAAUACCAUCAUCCCUAUUAUUUGAGAAUUUAUCUUGCAUUAACUCAAUAACAAACUGAUAGGUUUUGUUUUUGUCUUUUGGUCGGGAGAUGCAUUAGACAAACAAAUCAAACUUGGAUAUUCUAAAAGAACGCUGUUUUUUUUGUUUUUUUGUUUGUUUUUUACAUAUUGAAAAUCCAACUUUUCAUCUAUUUUUCACAAUGUUUUUUUUUUUAAAUUUAUUUUCAGGUUUUUCUUAGCAUUCCUUUCUCUUUAUCAGAAAGUGUGAGCUUUUAAAAGACUUUUUAUUGAUAUAAAUCACAGUAAUUUCCUGUUUCAUUUUUAGCAUUGGGGACUAAAUUCUCACCCUUGUUACUUAUAAGAGUAUGACACACUCCCUUAAAAAUGGUGAAAUAAUAACCACAAUUACUUGUUUAGACCACUACAAUUUAUUCACCAUCUCCCUCCCACUUAUAUUAUAGAGUUUCUACCACUUUCUUUGUUCUGCGUGAGACAGGAUAUUACUAUCCAGCCCAGCCUGACUUCAAAUGCACAAUCGCCCUGCCUUUCCCUCUGGAGCAUUGGGAUUACAAGUGUGGAGUACUACAUUCAUCUCUGACUAUUAUUUUCUUGACCUAGAGGAAAAUCUUCUUUCCUUCCCAGGGGACUAGACUUCUAGUUAUAGAAUGUAAAGUGGGUACUUUCUCACCAAAUAAUAUUGAUAUAACCAAGAACUUCCAACGCAUCACCAGAUUUAGCAAUGAAAUGAAUUUUCUGCAUUUUUCUCACCUUUUAAUAAUGUAUACAUAUCAUUGACCCAUCCACCAGUAUCUGAAAGCAAAAUAUCACCCAAACUUAACCUUUCUCUUUCUUUCCUGAUUAUUCUAAUCAUUAUGUAUAUUUUUCUUGCUAUGUUUGAUAAUGAAGUGAGAAACUUUAUUUAAUUAUUUAACAAACCUUCAUCUAAAAGUUUGAAGGAAUCUGGACUAUGAGACACUGCACUGCAGUAAUUGGGAAAUCUCAGCUUUAAUAAUAUUUUCUUUUUUAAGAUUUCUUCCCACUUCAGGAAUGUUCUCUUGGAAUUUAAUAGUAUAAUUUUUUAGAAUUUUAAAUUACAUCUUCAGUUUUAUGCAAUAUACAUUUAGUUAAAUAUUAAAAUGUUUUUUUUUCAUGUCCUUUAGCAUACAGGCAUGUUCUCUUCAUUCCUUUCCAGACUUUGGGUCCUUGCCUGACUUACAAGCACAGCUGUCAACUCCUUCCUUUUGUUAAAGACAAAAAUAGUAUUUAAUGGUUUCAGAUACUAACACCUAAGUGUUAUAUUAUGAAAAUUCAUCUAAAAUAAAAUUUGGUUUCUAUUUAACAAGGACUAAAACACAUGAAGAACAGCACUGCUCUUUUAAUACACACACACACACACACACACACACACACACACACACACAUCUUAUAGAAGGAAUUUUUUUUUGCCUAAAUUUUAGCAAGCCCAACUUACAUUUAGUCUUGUGCUGCUUUUUAAAUCUUAAUGUUUUAAGAAGUACAAAGUAAUCUAUAUUCUAGACUUAUUGAUUGAUUGAUUUUAAACUACAGGAAACACGAAGUAUUUAUAUGGAAAUGAUAUUAAAGCCUUCUCUUUCUGGUGGUAGCAGAAAAUGCUGUUUGCUUGAAGAAGGUAGACUCAAAACAACACUGGCCAUAAAGCAGACUAUCUGAUCUAGUAGUCUGGGCAUAUCGGAUUUUUUUUUUCUAAGUCAACUUUAGGAAUGCAAUCCUGCCAGAAAUCUAUACACACACUUAAAAAUGUGCAAGUGUCUGUAAAUGUGUUGUGUCUGAGAAACCUAAAGAGUUUUUGAUCUCCCAAAUAAUCUUCUUUGUUAGCCAUUGAGAUACAUGGGAUAAGUAGAGUUUAAACUCUACAUUGACUGGAAUGAAAUUGUUAAAAUGGCUAUCGUCACCCUAGCAUAAAGGACCAUGGCUGUCUCUUCACCAGAAUCUACCCUGCUGCAGGUACAGCCCCUAGAAUGAUGCUCUUUCUCCUGAAACUGGGCUUUAAGCACCCAUUGAUUACUUCUUCCCUUGUCUUCAUCAUGGCAUACACACUUCCUGGAUGCCAAACAUCAAAUGCUUGUCCCCCAGAUAUGGGAAUGAGUUUUUCAAAAUCGGCAUCCUCAUCCCGGUCCUACCUCUCAGUAGCUGUGUGGCCUUAGAUAAUUUGUGGAACUCCCUUGAGCCACAGUCUUUUUUUUUCCCUGUAAAUUAGAGACAAGAAAAUAAUUACUCAAGAGGUUAUUAUAGCCUCUCAAUAAGAAUAUGUUUGGGUAACAGCACAAUACCCUGAAAUAGUUGUGCUGAAAUAUGUUAGUCAUAAAAGUAAUGUAUAACUAAUCAUGGCUCUCUUCUCUUCCAUCAAAUAGGAAUGUCUGUUUUCUACUCCUGUUAAAAAUAAAACAUAUGUGAUAAAACAUAUAAUUGUAUCUGGUCAAGUGAGAAACCAUCCUCCUAAUCAUUAUCCCAGUGUAGACUUUGUGCUGCUCUCUGCCCCGCUCUGGUGAUCAGCACGAAAGCAAGGUAGCACCUUUGCUGUCUGAUUGCUUCCCUCCUCCCUAGUGACACCUUUGAUUUCAUCACCAAUGAUUUCCCUUUUAUCUGUCCUUCCCAUAUCUCUCUCCAUAAUUCUUUUCUAACCCAGUAGAUACAUUGCCAAAAAUAUCAGAUCUACACCUCUAAUUUCCUCAGCAAAUGAGAAGCUUAGUGGUGGUGGCAUAUGUGAAAACGUGUUAUAUGGAGGCAUAUAUCAUAAAGAGUUAAUGCCAUUGAUAUUUACUUUAAAAGUAUAAGAAAAUGUCUGUGAAUUCUCUACAUAUCUCAAGUUCAAUCCUCUAAUGAAAACUU